CCGCGCUGAUGAGUCACAGGCCAUGCCGCCAUGCAAUCUGAACAGACGAACCAUGGGCAAGCCUGGGCUUCUGUGAAUGCUGUCAUUGCGACACCAGUGCACUCUGGUAAUGAGGCAUACACAACGAAUUCAUGGAUUCAAAGCGCAGAAGUCCCCGGCUGGUUCCAGCUGGGUGAUGUUGCACAGCAAUGGAGUACAGAGCUGAUGGUCUCCGAUUCACCAUGGGCUGUCGGUUGACAGCAAACAACGCUGUAUAUAUGAGGUAGCCUCGAAGCACGACAACGCUCACUUCCCAGCCAGAGCACCUUACCAUUCUCCAAAAUGUGUUACCAGCUCUACAACACCUGCAACCGCGGCAUCUACUGUCAAGCGUACGGCUCUGAUGGCCCAUUACUCCCCAAACGAGAAGCCUACCGGGGCGAAGGAGGAGUCUGGCCAUGCGUAAUGUUCUACCUCGGCGGCGAUCCAGCCCGUCGUUGUCCCAAUACGAAGAGCAUGUACCGCAAAGCAGAAGACAACGAUGCAUGUUCGGUCUGCCAUCCAGACCGAGACGGACCGUUGAGACGUGGGACGACGGAGCUCAGCACGACGCAGCUGGCCAUGAUGCGGAGGAUUGGAGAGAUGACCAAUGCUCAAGAUACUGUGCUGUGGGCAUUGACGGAGUUUGUACACCCAGCCGACUUGCCGCUGCGUAGACAGACGGCGGCGGUGGAAGAGAAUGGUGAUGAUGUGGAUGAAGGCGGACGCGAUUUCGAUGCCGGACAGAUUGUGGAAGUGUUGGACCGGUACCAGACGACCUUGUCCUCGCUCAUCCCGUGCAUCGGUAGAGAGCUGGCGGAGAUUCGAGCCAUCAGUGAGGUCUCGCCUCCACUGGGCGAGGCUUACCGUGGAGUCGUCCAGGAAUUGGGCAUGAAUGAAGCGAAUAUCCGGCGAGGGAUACGGCGGAGGAGCGGGGGACUGACGGAUCUGCUUCUCGCGGGUAGGGUCAGACCUUCUCUUCGAGGAUCAAAUAUCUAGUUGGGUAGCUCGUCUUAACUUUUGACGUCUCUGAACGCCGAGUGAUGACUCCUGCCUCAGGCAUCAACCUGAACGCACACUUGACCUC